UCGGAAUUUAUGGAGGAAAGUGUUUCUAAGAGACCAGAAAUGGAUGGGAACGGAAGUAGUAAUAGUGAUGAUGAAAAUUAUGAAAACAAUCGACGCGUAAGAAGGGCGCGUUCCUUUCGCGAACGACCGGAAAAGAGUAGCGGCGAGCUUCGCAUGGUUCGGUCAUUUAAAACGACUUCAAAAGGAUUAGUUAAUCGGGGUGAUUCGUUUAAAAAGCUUAAAGAUGCAACGGAGAUUUUUGUUGCUCAAAGUCAACCAGAAGAAAACAUGAAAAACCUUUCGCUUGAUGCGUUUGUGGUUGUUUUCUCGACAACAGACCGAAUCAGCUUUGACCAAGCCAUAGAAGUGCUAAAACAGCUCAGAGAGGAAGUUGGUGCUCAUAAAGCUAUCAUUCCUGUAGGCAAUAAAUCUGAUCAUGCUCGGAAAAGGACGAUACCUAGUGAUGGUCGGUCGGCUGCCGACGGUUACGAGUGCAAGUACAUUGAGACCUCGGCUGCCUUGAACCACCUGGUAGACGAACUGCUAGUGGGAAUCCAUAAACAAACCAUGCUGAAAUGCCACGCCAUUAAUAACAACGCUCUAGAGACACCGCCUACAAAACAAAAACAAAAACACAGAACGAGUUCGUUUAAGAGAACGAAACGAUUCCUCGAGAUAUUUCUUGGAAAUUCGGGCAAGGACAAAACUACUGAAAAUCUGUAUGUUGAGUGACCUUUAUUAAUUAGAAUAAUAUUAUGUAAACCGUUUAAAACAUAUUUGCAGAUUUGGGCCAAUAAGUGAGUUGUAUUGUAAUUGAAAUGCUAUGGUUUUGUAUAAAAAUCGUUGAGAUUUUUAAUUUACCGUGUGUGUUUUUUUUUACGUACAAUUUAUAUUAAAUCGUUUAAUUUGGAAUCGAUGUUUGAAAAAAUAGCAAAGAAAUCAUCGCUCCCGUCAUGCUUGACAUCACUAAGUUUGAAAGUAGUAUACGUAGUGUAUUUAUCACUUUUAACAAAACAAUG